AUGGCCCGCCCGGCAUCUUUCAAUGUGGCCUGGAUCCUGAUGGCAGCUCUCAUGCUGCGAGCAAGCUCAGCUGAAGGCCCGCACGCAGACGUCGUCGAUGCCGCCAAGGCCGCCGGCGCCACCAGAUUCGUCGAGCUCAUCAAGGCAGCCGGCGCUGCCGAUGUGUACUCCAAAAACAGCCCCGCCAUGGGCAUGGCGAUCGUCUUGCUCGCCCCCACCAAUACCGCCGUUGACGCGUGGCUCAAGGAGUCCAACCUCGACCUCGGAUCCCUCAAAGACCGGAAGGCCCUGGCGCAGCGCGUCGUCGGCUACCUGACCCUGCUCCCCUCCAGUGACCUGUCGAAGCUCAAGCCGGGCGCCUCUGCCACCGUGACGACCGCCAACCCGGCCUGGAACCUGACGGUUUCAGUGAGCAAGGACGGCAAGCUGUCGGCCAAUGACAGCCACAAUGCAGUGGUGACGCUCGUGCCCACCUCGGCCCACAACGUAUUCACCACCAGCAAGCUGCUGCUGCCUGGCAACGUGUUCCCAAGCAUGGAUGACAUGGACUUCAAAAUGUCCGGUGCUGGCGGCCACGAGUCCAUGGUGUCGCCCUUCACGCUUUUCGAGGCUGCGGCGGACAGGGCCCAGAUCGAGAAAGACCUCAAGGCCCAUGGCGCCACCGUCUUUGUGCCCACGGACGCCGCCUUCAAGGCCGCAGGCCUGACCAAGGACGCCAUAGCCAAGGCCGACCCCGCCACCCUCAAGUCCAUCCUGUUGUACCACUCUGUCCCGGGCUACCGCCCCAUCCCCAAGGGCUUCACCAGCGGCAAGCCCGUCCCCACCCUGCUCAAGGGCGCCGACCUCACCGUCGUGCUGUCCGAGGAAAAGAUGGCGGGCGGCUACAGGCUCGGUCACGCCACGGUCAAGGACGCGGCCGGCAACGUCGCGAACGUCGUCGCGCCCAACCAGUUCGUGCUCAGCUCCACAGUCCAUGCGAUCGACAAGGUGCUUUCCCCGUCCGCCGGCAAGGCGGGCGCUGCCACUGCGACCAAGGCCCCGGCGCCCAAGUCGAUGGCCGCGGCGGCCCGCAAGAUGGCAGGCCGCCACCGCAGGCUGCUCGGCUUCCGCGAGGGUGGGGACCUGUUCAACGGCCUGGCCUCCAACAACGCGCACGACGCAGUGCUGGCCGCGACGGCCGCGCACGCCGGCGCGCUCGCGCAGAAGGCGGGCGCGGCCGGCGGCCAACAGCCGGACGGGGUGAAUUCCGACUCCCCGGACUCGGCGUUCCGCGCCACCCAGGUCGCCCAGAUCAACGCCAACUAUGCAGUCUACCCCACGACCAGGCCAUACUUCCUUGUCGGCGGUGCCGGCGGCGGCCUCAACUAG